AUGGGUGGCUGUGAGCCUCUGCCGACUCCUCUGCCUGUCCCCCACCCCAGCGAUGCCCCUCCGCCACCCCCGGUAGCCGGUGACAGAAAACGUGGGCCCCCCCCCCCGCCUCGUACCCGACGGUCCCCUGUUCCGUUAGUGGAAAUUCCGAAGUGUAAACGGGGAAAACUGGCCCAGGCUCGUGAUACUUUGAAUUGGCUGGAGCUGGAAACACUGUAUCUGCGCACACACACACACUGUACUGUGUAUUUUCGGAGGAGGAGGAGGUGGUGGUGGUGGUGGUGGUGGUGGCUUUUGGAAGAGGAGGAAGAGGUGGUGGUGGUGGGGAGGGGGGGAUCUCUUUCCCCAUUUGGAGAUGAUUGUGCUCUUCCUCUUUGCCUUGCUCUGGAUGGUGGAGGGGGCCCUUUGCCAGCUCCAUUACACGGUGCAGGAAGAGCAGGAGCAUGGCACGUUCGUGGGGAAUAUCGCCGAGGACCUGGGCUUGGACAUUACAAAACUUUCGGCUCGCCGCUUCCAGACGGCGCCCAACUCCCGCAGCCCUUACCUGGAGCUCAACCUGGAAACCGGGGUGCUCUACGUGAACGAGAAGAUCGACCGGGAGCAGAUCUGCAAGCAGAGCCCCUCCUGCCUGCUGCACCUGGAGGUCUUCCUGGAGAACCCCCUGGAGCUGUUCCGGGUGGAGAUCGAGGUGCUGGACAUCAACGACAACCCGCCCUCCUUCCCGGAGCCCGACCUCACCGUGUAGAUCUCGGAGAGCGCCACGCCGGGCACCCGCUUCCCCCUGGAGAGCGCCUUCGACCCCGACGUGGGCACCAACUCGCUGCGCACCUACGAGAUCACCCCCAACAGCUACUUCUCCCUCGACGUGCAGACGCAGGGGGACGGCAACCGCUUCGCCGAGCUGGUGCUGGACAAGCCCCUGGACCGGGAGCAGCAAGCGGUGCACCGCUACGUGCUGACCGCGGUGGACGGCGGGCAGCCCCAGCAGCGCACCGGCACCGCCCUGCUCACCAUCAGGGUGCUGGACUCCAACGACAACGUGCCCGCCUUCGAGCAGCCCGUCUACACCGUGUCGCUGCCGGAGAACUCGCCGCCGGGCACCCUGGUGCUGCAGCUCAACGCCACCGACCCCGACGAGGGCCAGAACGGCGAGGUGAUCUACUCCUUCAGCAGCCACAUCUCGGCCCGCGCCCGGGAGCUCUUCGGCAUCGCGCCGCGCACCGGGCGGCUGGAGGUGAGCGGCGAGCUCGACUACGAGGAGAGCAGCGUGUACCAGGUGUACGUGCAAGCCAAGGACCUGGGGCCCAACGCCGUGCCGGCGCACUGCAAGGUGCUGGUGCGGGUGCUGGACGCCAACGACAACGCGCCCGAGAUCAGCUUCUCCACCGUCAAGGAGGCGGUGAGCGAGGCGGCGGCGCCGGGCACCGUGGUGGCCCUCUUCAGCGUCUCGGACCGCGACUCGGAGGAGAACGGGCAGGUGCAGUGCGAGCUGCUGCAGGGCGACGCGCCCUUCCGCCUCAAGAGCUCCUUCAAGAACUACUACACCAUCGUCACCGAGGGGCCGCUGGACCGCGAGCAGCCGGGCGGCGACGCCUACACCCUCACCGUGGUGGCCCGGGACCGCGGCGAGCCGCCGCUCAGCACCAGCAAGUCCAUCCAGGUGCGGGUGAGCGACGUGAACGACAACGCGCCGCGCUUCAGCCAGCCCGUCUACCAGGUCUACGUGAGCGAGAACAACGUGCCCGGCGCCUACAUCUACGCCGUCAGCGCCACCGACCGGGACCAGGGCGCCAACGCCCAGCUCGCCUACUCCAUCCUGGAGAGCCAGAUCCAGGGCAUGUCCGUCUUCACCUACGUCUCCAUCAACUCCGAGAACGGCUUCCUCUACGCCCUCCGCUCCUUCGACUACGAGCAGCUCAAGGAGUUCAGCUUCCAGGUGGAGGCCCGCGACGCCGGCGAGGAGCCGCAGCCGCUGGCCGGCAACGCCACCGUCAACAUCGUCGUGGUGGACCAGAACGACAACGCCCCCGCCAUCGUCAGCCCCCUGCCCGGCCGCAACGGCACCCCGGCGCGGGAGGCGCUGCCCCGCGGCGCCGAGCCGGGCUACCUGGUGAGCCGGGUGGCGGCGGUGGACGCCGACGACGGGGAGAACGCCCGCCUCACCUACAGCAUCGUGCGGGGCAACGAGGCCAGCCUCUUCCGCAUGGACUGGCGCACCGGGGAGCUGCGGACGGCGCGCCGGGUGCCGGCCAAGCGCGACCCCCAGCGCCCCUACGAGCUGGUCAUCGAGGUGCGCGACCACGGGCAGCCGCCGCUCUCCUCCACCGCCGCCAUCCAGGUGGUGCUGGUGGACGGCGCGGCCGAGCGUCCCGGCGGCGGCGGCGGCGGCCUGGGCGCGGGGGCGGGCGCGGGGGGCGGCGGCGGCGGCGGCGCCGGCGGCUCCGGCGGCUCCGGCGAGCAUCGCCCCAGCCGCUCCGGGGGGGACACCUCGCUCGACCUCACCCUCAUCCUCAUCAUCGCCCUGGGCUCCGUCUCCUUCAUCUUCCUGCUGGCCAUGAUCGUCCUGGCCGUGCGCUGCCAGAAGGAGAAGAAGCUCAACAUCUACACCUGCCUGGCCAGCGACUGCUGCCUGGGCUGCUGCUGCUGCUGCCCCUGCUGCAGCCGCCAGGCGCGGGCCCGCAAGAAGAAGCUCAGCAAGUCGGACAUCAUGCUGGUGCAGAGCUCCAACGUGCCCAGCAACCCGGCGCAGGUGCCGGUGGAGGAGUCGGGCACCUUCGGCUCCCACCACCACAACCAGAACUACUGCUACCAGGUCUGCCUCACCCCGGAGUCCGCCAAGACCGACCUGAUGUUCCUCAAGCCCUGCAGCCCCUCCCGCAGCACCGACGCCGAGCACAACCCCUGCGGGGCCAUCGUCACCGGCUACGCCGACCAGCAGCCCGACAUCAUCUCCAACGGCAGCAUUUUGUCCAGCGAGACAAAACAUCAGCGUGCUGAGCUCAGUUAUCUAGUUGACAGACCCCGACGAGUAAACAGUUCUGCAUUCCAGGAAGCAGACAUAGUAAGCUCUAAGGACAGUGGUCAUGGAGACAGUGAGCAAGGAGACAGUGAUCAUGAUGCCACUAAUCGAGGUCAAUCCUCUGGCAUGGAUCUCUUCUCCAAUUGCACAGAGGAAUGUAAAGCACUGGGCCACUCAGAUCGGUGCUGGAUGCCUUCCUUUGUUCCAUCUGAUGGACGCCAAGCUGCAGAUUACCGCAGCAAUCUGCAUGUACCUGGCAUGGACUCCGUUCCAGACACUGAAGUGUUUGAAACACCAGAAGCCCAGCCGGGGGCAGAACGGUCCUUCUCCACCUUCGGCAAAGAGAAGGCCCUUCACAACACUCUGGAGAGGAAGGAGUUGGAUGGACUGCUGUCUAAUACACGAGCGCCUUACAAACCACCAUAUUUGACACGGAAAAGGAUAUGCUAGUCACUUCUACAGGACUUACCUGAAGCAGCAUGAUUUGCACAAAAGUCGACCAACAAAAAGCAUCAACUUUCAACUUCAUUAUCUUGGCCAUCCAGUUCUGUGUAACUGAAGGAUUUGUGUGCUGUUGGAGACAUCAUGGCCAACAAUAGGACCUAAUUGCUCUCAGCAGGCCUGAGAAAUGAGUUGAAAUGUGUAGAACUGUAGAAACUUCAGAGGCAACUGCUCUUGCCUCUCUGAUCAGUGUGUGCCUGUUUACAGCACUAUAUAUCUUUCUCUCUCCAAAAUGUCACUGAGCCCUUUAGAUGUUUAUAUUCACCACAAGAAGCCAAUCGUACAGAUAAAAGAAAUGUGCAUUAUAAAUGCAAUAUCACUGUUUUAAACUUGACUGUUUUAUAUUAUUUUUGUGUGAUCAAGUGUUCCCCAAACUAUUCCAACUUUACAAGAGAGAUUGUGAUCAUGUUCUUUUCACCUGUGGGUCAUAAAAAUGUUGUUAAUCUGAAGACCCACAAAAUUAUCAAAGACAUUCUGUAGUUUAUACACCGUGUUGCAAAGUGUUUACUGUACUAUUUCAAAGCUUCUAAAUAAAUAUAAAAUAUAUAUAUAUUAUAUUAUAUAUAAUUUUCCGAAAAACGUGGUACAACUUAGUUGAUUUUUAAAUGGAUUCAUACAGUCUACACCAUACACUAAAGUGAGAAGGUAAUUCAGGGUUCCUAAGCUAUCCUUGCUAAAAACAAAAAUAAAAGAAACCUUUAAUAGUACUUCCCCAAUAUCCGUAUUUUGGUCAAUCCUGUUUUUCUUGUUUAAAAAAAAAAAAAAAGCUGUAAGCAACAACAUUUUGUCUAAAAGUUGUAAUGAAUUUUCAAUGCCAAAGAUGCAGCUGUCAAUAUUACCAGAAUGAGCGCUAUGUACUAUCAGAGGUAUAAAUCACUCUCCAUUAUUUUGAUUAUAUUUCUAUGGUUUUUAAUUUGGAAUCACAAAAUCUUUUAUAAGCCUCUAUAAACUCACCUGUAUAUGUUGUUAAAAAGAACACUGGGUGUCUGUACAUUUUGCAAUGUAAAAUAUAAUGUAAGUGAAGUUAAGUAUUUUAAGAAAAUCAUCCCAAACUCAUAAGUAUGCAUACAUACAUACGUACAUACACACACACACACAAACACCCACACAUCUCUCUUCGACAUAGUUUUGUGAAACUAUACAAAUAUAUUGCCUAAAAAUAUUUCUCUUGUGGCUAGGAAUAGUUGUUGAUAGAAUUCAAAUUACAAAGGCAAAGUAUAUGCCAAACUAUUGACUCUUUUAUCACAAAGGAGAUUUGAAAUUAGGAACAUGGCACAUUCUCAGCUGACCCCUCUCCCAUUGGAGUUAAAAGGGGUUGGCUACCAUCUUUGUUGGGAAAAGGAUUAAGCCCUUGCAUAUAAUCUUUAUGGUCUGUAAUAAUUCUGUGGUCUGAAACGGUAUCUUAGAGCAUUUCUUUUCUAUGAAAUAUUGAAAAAGGUAAAAUUUCAAAGGUAAAGUUUAAAAUUACUUUCAUGUCCAUGGAGUUUAAGUACCAUUUACUAAAUGUAAAAAUCUAGUAAAAUGUUUUUUUCUUUUUUUUUCUUUUCGUAUUGUGUUUUUUUCUCUACUGUACCUUAAUAUGUCAAAUAUUGAAAACCAAUGAGAGAACACUGUGUUAUCAACCAAGGUCUAGCCAAAUUCGAACAAAUUCCUAGUGAUGAUUCAAUAUCGAAGUAAGACAAGAGAAAACCUCUCAUUGAUUGCAGUGGAAUUUGGAUCAUGCCGUUAUAUAGAAAAUCUGAUAUCCCCACCAGUGCUGCCACAGGAUGAAUGUGUGAGAAGCUGAAUUUAGCCACUGCUAUGUCGUAAUAGAGUUUGGGUUUCUUCCUUUUGUUGUUUUUGUUUGUUUGUUUAUAAUGACAGUUUCUGUUAGAUAGAAGUAUAUAAAUCAUCUGUAUGGAAACCAUCCUGCUAUGGAUCCAAACAAGACUCCUGAUCAAUUUGCGAGAGCUCUUUGUACAAACAGCUACUGGACCGAGCCCUGAAGUUGUUAAUUUAAUACUCCGAACAAAAAAAUAUGCUUGUUAAAAACUUCUAAUGUGUAUGUCUAGCACAUUUAUAUAACUACAAAAUAUUUUCUGGGAUCCUUUUUGAAAUGUAUAUAUUAUACAAAACACAAUCAAACAAAAGCACCAACAAUAGCUAUUGAUUUAAGCAAACAACAGUGAAAUGUUUCUCUAGCUGUAGGUAGCGGGACUUUUAGUCACCUACAGGCUUUGUUAAUUUUAUAAAGAAAAGCGAUGAAAUUUGUGACAAUUAUUUCAUUUAAAGGAGUUUGUUAAAUUCUUGUUUCUGCUUUUAAAGAAAGAAGGUCCUUGCCCUUCUUAGAACUGUUUUUUCUUUAUUUCCAAGUAUCUCUUGAAUAUUAGACAUAUACUGUACAUUAAGGUUGUUUUCAGUCUUUGGGAGGAGAAGGAAAUGUUUUUCCUUUCUAUUUCAUGGGCAGUUGGAAGUGUUUUUAUUUAAUGAAACUGCCUUCACAUUUUGCAUGCCAUUUUUUCUGAAAAACUUAACCAUACCAUACCCUGUCAUUUGUUUCCGUAACUGAACUCUUUCCAUGAACUGUGUAUAUGAUAUACAUACCCUUUUUUUUUUUUUUGGUUAAUGUUAAAUAAUGUAGACAUUGGUCCAUGUAUGCACAGAAAUCUUUCUGAGUUCAUUGGGAGAGUCCCAGAGGGAAUCAUGAUAGGAUGCAGAACUGUUGAGGAAAAGGAAGUUUUUAAGUACUACAGCCUGGGCUCCCAAGAUAUUUAAAGACGUAGCUUUUGCCGAUUUCCCUAGCUCACUGUGAAUUUCAGUAUGAUAACAUGUGAAGACACAAGCUUUAGGACACAUAAAAACCCAGUACAUAGCUGCUGUGUCCCAAGAGAAGUGCUGAGAAGCGUAUCAGGCAGUACAGAGGCUCAACCGCUCCCCUUUCCUUGUUUUAGUGGGGGAGAUACCUGUUGCAUCCAGCCAACUCCCAUUGAAAUUGACUGUUCAGCAUCUCCCAUAUAUUUCUUCAUGCUAGUAGGUGCCUAUCGGCAGCGAUAGGUAUGUAAAUGCCUUUAAACAGUAGCUUUUGUAUUUGCCUCUUCCUUUAAGCAUAUGUGAUGCAAGUGUCUAAGGACUCUGAUUUGCAUAUUGGACACAAAAGUAAACUGAACUAAUCAGAAAAUGCUUAGAUUGGAUAUUAAGGGGAAAUCUCUAUACCCAAAAGCUGGGGUAAGAAAGGUUCUGAAAUCUCCUUCAUUAAAGGUUUUCAAAAAUAGUUCAGAAAAUACUUGUCAGGGAUGAUAUAAGUGUACUUAAACUUGCCUCAGAUUAAAAGCGUGGACUAGCCUCUCAGUCCUGUUGUUCUGUAAUGUUCCUAGUAGGGCAUGCUAAGCUUUGGAGGAUGCGAUCUGUACGCAGCUGUAAGGAUAAGAAUAUUCUAUCCUUCAGUUAGGUAUCAGAAACAAUAUUUUAUGUUUAAAUUUACAAUUUACAAGCAUAAUAGAACAAGCUGUCUGUGUGAAGAACUGUCUUUGGAGUAAAUUAGAGUUCCAGCACAGAAGACAGGAUCUUAUAAAGGAUAACAAAAUGGAAUCAGAUCUGUAAAUCUUUUUUUUUUUUUUUUUUUCCCCCCAAUUCCUGCUUUAGAUAUGUAGCAAUGGAUUUCUAAGCAGCUUGCCUAUUCAGUUUCUUCAAAACCAGACUUUGGUUUCUUCCACACAGGUUCUUCCAAAACUUAGAAAUAUUAAAACACUUCACUACUUGAAAUAAAAGUCCAAUUAUUUAAUGCAAGUUUUUGCUGAGCUGCCUAUUGAGAGAAAGAAAAAAAGAAAAGAGGUAUUUCCGUUAAUAUAUUCUCAGCUGAUUCGAACAAGGUGUAGUAGUUUUUCGUCAGUAUUGUUGCAAAAUUAAGUGGAAUGACAAUGCACAGAUAAAUACAAUUUGUAAAGAUUAUGCUUCCUGCAUUAUAGUCACUAUAUAUGUGUGUGGGGAGAUAUGUGUGUGUGUAUAUAAUUAUAGUUCAAAAUCUGGUAAAUUGCCACUGGAUUUUUUCUUACAGGAGCAUGCUCCUAUCAGUAAAUGCAAACAGAAGGGUAGAAACACAUUUAUGAUACUACAAAGUUAGACUUGUUCCUUAGUGUAGAAUGGAGUUUUGUAUUCAAGAUUUGAAUUCAGCCCCUUCUUCAUGCAUUAUACCCACAACCAAGCACGCAUUUCAGUUUUUGACUCUCAAAAUUUUACCUGCUCAUAGUAGGCUUUUUUUUUUUUUUUCUUUAUUUAAGUACUAUCAUUCCUCAGGGUAAAGGGUGGAUAAAUAGAUAGUCUUCCUAGGCUGAUAAAUUGUCAUUCCAAUUUUGCAAGGCUGUUAAAUAUUUGUACGUCUUAUAUAUGGAGAAAGCUGAUCAUAUCCUGCCAUUGUUCCAUGUUCAAGUCUCGAGUUUUAUGGCACUGGGACUUCUGAAUUAAAACCUACACAAAGGCUUAGGAGCCAAAGUAACCAUCUUUGAUAUACAUUUAGUUAUUGCAAUUUGAUUGCAAAACAUUGGCAUCAGAUAUCUAUAAAGAAUAGAAAGUUGUUUAUUCUAUUUGCAGUAACGUAAAAGACAGCCAGUAAGACUUUAUUAUAAUAUUAUGCUACGAGAAAUUCUGAAACUGUGAGUUAAAUCCAUUGCACUGAUCCCUACAAUCAGAGCUCAAAUUCUUCUUAAAGAGCUCCUUCGUUUUAUUUUGUCUCUAAUCUGCUAAUCUGUCUUGGUAUGAAAUGGAUACAUAUAUAUAAACAAAUACACACAUCCAUUAAAAUCCAUUGUUGAGCAUCUGUGUUUUUGUAGAUAUCCUCAUAUGUAAGAAAUGAGCAAGAACUAACUUGGACAGCUUUCUUGAAUUGAAGUUGUUUUGAAUUUGAAUUUGAAUUUGUUAAUAAAGUUCAUGAUAUUGACAGA